UUGGUAAUCCAGCACUGGCUUCAGGCAAAAGUUGCAAAGGUGCUUUGUCACCUAUCAGAUUUAGAUUCAGUAAGUGUGGCUCUAUGUUAAAAAACUAUAAGCUAAACUAUUUACUGCUGGGUGUCAUUUAAAAUGCUUGAAAAUAUUAAUUAGGUUUAGUAAGAUUUCUUUAAUGUGCAAUCAAAUUUAAAGUAGUGUUUUUUUCUUAUCUAAAUCGCUGUGCACUUGAAUGAAAUAGUUCUUAUCUGCUGGCAUUAAUCGCGGUUGUUAGACUGCUGGUCUGCACAUUAUGUAAGCGCAGUGAUUUGGUGUCUCCUUCUCUCUCCCUCCUCUUGGCACCAGGAGAUGAUGAUGACAGACACCUAUGACUCUAUAUUCAAAUUUGAGUUGACAUGCCGGGACAGUAGAUCUUUAGGAAGAGGCACAGCUGCUGAGGAGCUGUUGCCCAAACGCGAGCUGCCUGGAGGCGCUUUAACAUGACUGUGAGACUAAAGUACAGUUUACUUAUUGAUGUUUGCGUGUCUCGACACUGUGCCCUGUUCUGCGUGCGCCCUUAAAAGCUGACUGCGUCUCCCCUGCCACCCUCACUGUGGUGCAUCCCACUGUGCGUGGCAGAUGAUGAAGGAUCCCAUUGACUUGACCGACAUUAUGAAUCUGUUUUAUUUUAAUUGUUAGUAAUUAGCCUGAUUGGAAACACAAUUGACGACAAGGUGCGUUUUUACCUUGCUUUAGGAGGCCAGCUGGGACGCACAUCCUUCUCCAUACGUUUACGCACGCGUAACGCAUGUAUUCAUAUACACGCCCGCACACUUCCACUCUGGCACAUAAGUAAAAGAGAGCAAACAGCUGUACUCUUUCAGGGGCAGACGGCAAAAAUGACAAGUAUGUGGCGGGAUGCUGCGCUCCAUCCACACGGCGCCUGUGGCGCGGUUUUACGCGCGGCUGGUUCCGACUCAUCCAAAAAGACUCCGAGCCUUUCUGAGUUUCUCCUGAUCGUGUCAGUGAUGUUGCUCGUCACAGUCCAGCCGGCAUCCGCUCAUCCUCAGUGUCUGGACUUCGAGCCACCUUUCAAACCUCAGUGGCACCUGGAGUUCUGUGUGGAGUACGAGCAGUUUGGCUGCUGCGACCAGCAAACGGACAACACGAUCGCGGAGAGAUACUGGGACAUUAUCGACCAGCUGGAAGUGGCGGGUUAUGAUCUCUGUGCAGACAUGCUGAAGGACAUCAUGUGCCAGGAGUGCUCUCCGUAUGCCGCCCACCUCUACGAUGCUGAGGACCCGUACACUCCUGUCAGAGAGCUCCCUGGCCUUUGCUUUGGCUACUGCUCUGAGUUUCACGGCAAAUGUCGCCACGUGGUCAAGUAUCUGACCGAGAACAAGCUGCUGCAGGACACCUCUGAGCGAGAUGUGUCCACGUUCUGCAGCAUGGUGGACCUGUCCGACCAGGACUACUGCUACCCCAACGUUUUGAAGACUUCGGUCCUCAACAACAAACUGGGAAAGGUGGCAGAGGACACCACAGGGUGUCUCAAGCUGUGCCUGACAGAGGUGGCCAACAACCUCAGGAACCCCGUGUUGAUGCUGCACAGCGGCGACGACACACAUCGCAUGUUCAUCGCAGAGCAGCUGGGCUUCGUGUGGGUUUACCUGCGUGACGGCAGCCGGCUAGAGCAGCCCUUCCUGGACCUGAGCGGGGAGGUGAUAACCACCGCCUGGCUGGGGGAUGAGAGGGGCUUCCUGGGCAUGGCCUUCCACCCAAAGUACCAGGUCAACGGACGCUUCUUCAUCUACUACUCGAUCCAGGUCAACAGCAAGCUGGAGAAAGUUAGAAUCAGUGAGAUGAAAGUGUCUGCCUACGACAUGAACAUGGCUGAUCCUUCCUCAGAGAGGGUCAUUCUGGAGAUUGAGGAACCAGCUGCAAACCACAAUGGAGGCCAGCUGCUGUUCGGUCUGGACGGAUAUCUGUACAUUUUCACCGGAGACGGGGGAAAAGCCGGGGAUCCUUUUGGGAAGUAUGGCAACGCACAGAACAAGAGUGCACUGUUGGGAAAAGUACUACGCAUUGACGUAGAUGGAAGUGACUCCGGUGGAAAGCCAUACAGCAUCCCCCCUGAUAACCCCUUCCUCGACGACCCAGGCGCCCGGCCAGAGGUGUACGCAUACGGAGUCAGAAACAUGUGGCGGUGUUCGGUGGACCGUGGAGACCAGGUCAGCGGCUACGGCAGGGGCAGGAUAUUCUGCGGCGACGUGGGUCAAAACCGCUACGAAGAAGUCGACAUUAUCGUGAAGGGAGGAAACUACGGAUGGAGAGCCAAAGAAGGCUUCGAGUGCUACGAUAUGAAGCUGUGCUACAACUCCUCCUUGAAUGACAUCCUCCCUAUAUUUGCAUACAGCCAUCAUGUUGGGAAGUCUGUGACAGGGGGAUAUGUGUACCGAGGAUGUGAAUCACCCAAUCUGAACGGCCUGUACAUUUUCGGAGACUUCAUGAGUGGUCGAAUCAUGGCGUUGGAGGAGGAUAAAUCGACAGGAAGCUGGAAGGAGAGGAGUGUGUGCAUGGGCGACAAGAAAACGUGCUCUUUUCCUGGACUUAUUAAUCAGUACCACAAGUUCAUCAUCUCGUUCGCUGAAGACGAAGCAGGGGAACUGUAUUUUUUGGCUACUUCGUACCCCGGGGCCACGUCUCCUUACGGAACUGUUUUCAAGUUCAUGGAUCCCUCCAGGAGAGCUCCUCCAGGAAAGUGUAAGCAGAAGCAGCUGCCAGUGAAAGUGAGGGGGAAAAAGGUUCCUUUUACGCCAAGGGAACUGACCGUGCUGGACAUGAAUGAAAAACCCACCAGACCACCGCCGAGAAAAUUCAAACUCACCACUAAACCACCGGUGACACGCGGCAAGGUCAAACCUUCGACGACAACAGCCAGCGUUACAAGCACCGCUGUGACGAGCAGCUGGGUCGAACUUUCGACGACUACAACCAGCGUUCCAACGACGACAAGCACCGCUGUGGUGAAGCCGAAAUGGAAAUCAUUUAAUAAGAAAGACAGGAAGGAGAAUAAGUUGAAACCAUGGAAGAAAAAGGAAAAGCUGAACAAGCAGGCAGCCAACACGCAAAAAAAGAAACAGAAAUCCAAGGAGCAAUUAAAAAAGACCACCGUGGUAAAAUCCGUAAGUGACAAAGUAAAGCCGAUGAAGACCAACGAAACUGCCACAGCUGAAAUAAAAACUAACGCUCUACAAACCCCAAAGAGCCUGAGAGAUCCUGACAAGGUCGUGAUGAAGAAGACGCCCCAACGGAAAGGUGCACAGAAGCAAACCGUGCCCGGCAAAAACAGCAUAAAGGUGAAAGAAUCUGCGAAAGAAUAUCACGCCUUCGUGAAUAAAACCCUGACGAACUUGAACGUGAAAACAAGCGGAAGAAUGCAAAACAAACUUCAGGUGAAAAGGAAGCGAGCGAAAAAUGCAAAAGCACUUUAAAACAUGAGUUGUUAUAUUUUGUGUAUUUUUACGAGGAGAUCAACACCACUUUCAGGUAAACAUGAAGCUACACUCAGCAGCCGAUUAGCUUAGCUUAGCUUAGCUUAGCUUUCUCCCCAGAUUUCAGUUAGCUUGAUAUGUAGACUGGUAGGCUUAUCAAUCUUAUCUUUCUGCAUGAGGUGCAUGAGUACAAACCACACGUUAUGCAUGUAAUGAGACAGUUUAAUUAACAAUUCUGGAACUGUUGGUCAUAAUUCAUUGUUCUGACUUAAACACCAGCCUGUCUGUAUUUAACACACAUCAAAAUGGGUUUGAAGUAAAAACAAAAAUAAGCAGCAAACAUAAAAAGGGAAAAAAAACCCCCAGAGCCCACUGUUGUUUAAUCUCUCUCUAAUUUUACAACACAUGCAAGUGUUAAAAAUAAACAUUAGAAAGUGUC